UCUCUCUCUCUCUCUCUCUCUCUCUCUCUCUUUUUCUGCUUUUGCUUUGAAAUAUGACCAAUAUCAAUCAACUCACAGUCAGACAUCUCGACCAACUUACCACUUUGAUAGUUCAAGCACAAGAGAUUGUCAUUGAACAAGAAAACAAUACCUCCAGUUAUCCCAUCCAUUGUGUUUAUGGCAUACAUCCUUCCCCUGAAUCAGAGACAUUCACUGUCCAGGUUUAUUUAUCAGCAGCAACAUUACAAGGCCAUCUUUCCGAUUCUAUCACCAAUAAGUCCAAGUCAUUUGGUCAACAUAGUUUGAUAUUCAAGGUGGAUGCAUGGACAGACCAAGUAGAAGGAUUUAUUCAACACAUGACGAACACAGUAUUCCCACAACAACAACAACAACAACAACGUAUACAAAGUAGGAUAUAUCCGUUCCUCAAUCCAACCUCCGGUAAUCAACAAGCGACACAGCAUUGGAAAGACAUAGUGCAACCCAUGUUACAAUCGGCCGGAUUUCAGACAUUCUCGCCGAUCAUUACAACACAAGCAGAUAAAGUUCGACAGCAAGCUUAUUCACUCGGUCAACAGAUCAUCGACAAUGAAGAAGAAGAAGAUGCUUUGAUUGUUUGUCUUGGUGGAGAUGGUACAUUACAUGAUUUAUUCAACGGACUCUUGGAUGUUAUUGAUCAUCAACCAACGCGAGCAUUUCGUCUUGGUGUGAUACCUGCAGGUUCAGGCAAUGCUUUUGCUUUGAGUUUGAAUUUGGAUCCACAAGAUAUUGGUCAGGCAGUAUUACGAAUCAUCCAUGGCGAAACACGACCCUUCCAUUUACUAGAUGUUGAUAUUGGUAAACUUCCCAAAAAGAAGGGUGAUGAUGACGAUUGGACCCAUCAAGUGGUAUUUCCUCAGCAAGAACAACGUCGUCGGAUUUUUGUUGUCAUGAGUUGGGGAUUCCAUGCACAAAUUGUCAGCAAGUCAAGGUAUCUACGUUAUGUGAUGGGCAACAAACGAUUCUCUUUGGUGGCCAUGGCACUUUUGUAUUUUUUGCAACACUAUAAAGGUGAUGUGGUGAUGAAGCAAGCCCAACGAUAUGAUCAAACAGCACGUCGCUUUGAUGAUAGACAACAAGAUAUUGAACUUUCAGAAGGUGGCUUUACUUAUUUUGUGGUGACAAAACAAGCCUCUUUGGAACCAGGAUUCAACAUUACUCCUUUUGCUUCUCCCUUUUCUCAAGACAUGGAUGUGAUGUGUAUGCGACAGGCUACGGCAGAUCAACUCAAGACGGUGGCUGGUUUGGCAUUCCAGCAUGGCAAGCAUGUGGAUCAUCCUGCAGUGGAGUAUUACAAGACCUCGACAUUGUAUUUACGAAUCGAUCAAGCAACGGAUAUUUGUCUCGAUGGGGAAAUCGUUCCGGUGAAGGCCAAGGAUGUCAUCCGUCUUCAAUCCAUCCAGGAUGAAAAACAAAAGGACGCUAUUACUGUUUUUGUUUAGUCAACAUGCCCUUCUUUAUAUCCCCAUUUAUUUAUUUAUUAUAAUAAAUUGUAUCUUCU